GUGUGGUCAUUGGUGAGGAGGUUUGAUGAGCCACAGAAGUACAAGCCAUUUGUGAGUAGGUGUGUGGUGAGGGGGAACCUUGAGAUUGGGAGUCUAAGAGAAGUUGAUGUUAAGUCAGGGCUACCUGCCACUACCAGCACUGAGAGAUUGGAGAUCCUUGAUGACAAUCAGCAUAUUCUUAGUGUAAGGAUCAUUGGUGGUGAUCACAGACUCAGGAACUAUUCAUCUAUCAUGUCCCUCCACCCGGAAAUCAUUGAUGGAAGGCCAGGUACCCUGGUAAUUGAAUCUUUUGUGGUGGAUGUGCCUGAGGGGAACACAGAGGACGAGACCUGCUACUUCAUCGAAGCUUUGAUCAAGUGCAACCUCAAGUCACUCGCUGAUGUCUCGGAAGGGCUUGCCGUGCAGGAUCGCACUGAGCCAAUCGACCGGAUGCAAGAUUUGUUGAUAAGUGGCUGAGGAGACUCGGUUGCCAUGGAUGAAGCUUCGGGGGCUUUCCUUAUCUCGGAGGCUUUGGAGACGGACUGGCAAAUGGAAAUGGUGCAUGUUUUUCACUGUUAUAGAGUGGCAGAGUUAUUCAUUUGAUUUGAUCUAUCAAUUAUCCUUGUUAUAUAUGCUGGUUUCUCUCUUUAGUAGUUUAAAGAACAGAGUAUUCUUAGACACGUGUCUGAAUCUGGGGAAGUAAUAGGCGAAAAAACCAGGAGAUUCUGCGUGAACUGCAUGUUGUGUUCUUAAAAGAGAAACUCUUAGCAUGUAAGUAAGUCUCUUGUGUGUAUAGAUUCUAAGAUGCUUUGUAAAAUUGUUUUGAUUGAUCAUAUCAAACUACGGUAGAAUAUCGAUA